AUGAAUAUUCUACUUAUAGUGAUAUCGAUCCUUUUAUCUGUGAUAUGCGUUCUGCUAGCUUUAUUUCAACACUAUUACUUCAUCAAUAAGCUAUACAAGAGACCUUCUUUGAAGUAUGAUGUACCUGUAUUUGAUGACUUGAUACCAUCAAAAGAGAACAAAUUUGAAAACAACCUGAACUACCCCCUGCAGCAGAUAGACGAUCAUGAUUCAGAUAUUGUGUUGAAUGAUUUGAAUUCUGUAUUAGAAUCUCGACCACAGCAGAAAGACACUAUAGGAUAUAUUCUGAAAAAUGACAAGGCUACAGGAACAGAUUCAGAAGUCUACAAUACACUUCAGGCUGCUAUUGCAUUCAAGUUAUCAGGAAAAAGCCUCAAGGCUUUGAAAUUGUUUGAACAUGCUGCAGCUAUAGCUCCUGAGAAUGCUGAUGUAUUGAACAGAUAUGGGGAAUUUCUAGAACAGCAACACCAGGAUGUUUUAACUGCUGAUGAGCUUUAUUUCAAGGCCCUGACUCACUCUCCUAACCAUGAAGCUGCCCUCACAAACCGUAAACGCACAGCUCCAGUAGUUGAAGGUUUAGAUUAUAAGCUUUUCAAAGAUAUAGACAAGAGAAAUGAUUUUCUCAAGAAUAGAGUGAAAUUAGGUGGAUUUGAAACUGUCAAGAAACAGGCAUAUUAUUUACAUAUUUAUCACACUGUGGGUAUAGAGGGCAAUACAAUGACAGUAGAGCAACUGAGAUACCUUUUACAAACAGGACAAGUAGUCAGUGGAAAGAGCCUGGUGGAACACAAUGAAGUUUUGGGGAUAGAAAAGGCUAUGCAAUAUAUCAAACUUUUAGUGAGGGCAGAUUAUAUAGGCAUCAAAGAAAUAUUGGGAAUACACAGGAGGGUUAUGGGUCAUGUAGAUCCUAUGGCAUCAGGAGUUUUUAGAGAUGAAAAGGUAUUUGUUGGAAGUCAUAUACCUCCUCCUUAUGAAGACAUCCCUGAUCUUAUGGAAAACUAUGUAGAAUGGUUGAAUUCUGAAGAAGCUCAAAAUAUGCAUCCUGUGCGUUAUGCUGCACUGGCUCAUUACAAACUAGUGGAUAUCCACCCAUUUGUUGAUGGAAAUGGACGCACAAGCAGAUUGAUCAUGAAUAUGAUUCUUCUGAAAGCUGGUUAUCCUCCUGUUAUGGUACUUAAAGAACAGAGGGAGACAUAUUAUGAUUCAUUGAAGACUGCCAACAUGGGAGAUGUCAGACCUUUUGUUAGAUUUGUAGCUCAGUGUACUUUACAAAUUCUUGACAUGUACAUCUAUGGCACAAGGUUUUUGUCUCUAGAGGGAAAUUCAGAGGAAGGUAAAAAAAUCAUAACUUUUGAGUAG